AUGCAGAGUCUGAUUGGCAAUGACCAGGGGGUCAUGCAUGGGGUGAUGUACCAGCACAGCACUCUCAAGGAAGUCCUAGCCACUGUCCGAGCCUUCCUGACAGAGUUUCAGACUGAAGCUGUGCUCAUUAGAAUCCAACCAGAGUCUUUUGAGAAAAACACUGUCAAUCAAAUGGUGCAGAGUCUGAUUGGCAACGACCAGCAUGUCUGGGUGACUUCUGGUAUGCCAAAUAUGGGUCAGGUCAGGGGGAAAAUAGUCUUUUUGCAGAAGAGCACCUUCACACUAGGAAUCCCCCUCAUAGAUACAGACGGGAAAGGUCAAACCAAGGUUACUAACGUUAAAGAUAAAGACAACCGAAUUAUAAAGCAGCUGAACCAAGCCACUGAAGCCUGUGGGGGUGAUAAUGAGGUUCUGACUUACACUAGCGGCACUGGCUUUGGUACUUUCUGGGGAAUGUUUCUGACUCCAAAGAGAGUGGCUGAAAAGGUAAACCCAUGGUUCAAUCAAUACCUGAGACAGUUUUACCCCAAUCAGCCCAGGCCAUGCUUUGGUAUCAUUGCCAUGGACUUUCCUGGCAUUGACCUCAUUCAAACUGUUAUCAAUUUAAACUGGUGGUAA